GGGUAAUUCGAGAUGCCCUGGAGUUUGGACUCGCUCAGCUGAUAGGUGGUGGCGGGGACUCUGGGAAGCACAAGAGGUGGAGUCAGGCGUCUGUCUGUCCAGACACUCCUGUCCUCCUCACUCUCCAUUCCCGCCUUCCCCUCGCUUGGCCUCCUAUUCCUUUCCCUCCGUGACUCAAUUUCAGGGAAAGAGAAUUCGAGUGGGAUCAGGGCAGAGACCAGAGUGAACGGGCCGGGCGGCACCGGGAUGCCCUUGACCCCCUCCCACAAAGGAGCCGUCUGUUCGGACUGCCAAGGGCGACUGGAGGAUGCGGUGACCGCCGCCUGCGGACACACCUUCUGCCGGCUCUGCCUCUCCCUGCCCCCCCAGAUGGGGGCCCAGCCCUCCAGCAGGGUCCUGCUCUGUCCAGUCUGCCAGGAGAAGGAGCAGACAGAGCCCGUCCUAGUCCCCGUGCCCCUGGGCCCUCUGGGGGAGACUUACUGCGAGGAGCAUGGCGAGAAGAUCUACUUCUUCUGCGAGAAUGAUGCCGAGUUCCUGUGUGUCUUCUGCCGGGAGGGUCCCUCCCACCAGGCCCACGCCGUGGGCUUCCUGGAUGAAGCCAUCCAGCCCUACCGGGACCGUCUCCGGGGUCGACUGGAGGCUCUAAUCACAGAGAGAGAUGAGAUUGAAGACAUGAAGAGCCGGGAGGACCAGAAGCUCCAAGUGCUCCUGGCUCAGAUUGAAAGCAAAAAGCGGCAUGUGGAAGCGACUUUUGAGAGGUUGCAGCAGGAGCUGGGGGAGCAGCAGCGCCUCCUGCUGGCCAGGCUGACAGAGCUGGAGCGGCAGAUCUGGAAGGAGAGGGACAAGUAUAUCUCACAGCUCUCUGAGGAAGUCGCCCGGCUUGGCACCCAGGUCAAGGAGCUGGAGGAGAAGUGUCAGCAGCCAGCAAGUGAGCUCCUACAAGAUGUCAGAGUCAACCAGAGCAGGUGCGAGACGAAGACUUUUGUGAGUCCAGAGGCCAUUUCUCCUGACCUCGUCAAAAAGAUCCGAGAUCUCCACAGGAAAAUUCUCACCCUCCCAGAGAUGUUGAGGGCAUUCUCAGAAAACCUGGUGCAUCAUUUGGAAACAGACUCAGGCAUCGUCACUCUGGACCCUCUGACCGCCAGCCCGAGCCUGGUCCUUUCCGAGGACAGGAAGUCCGUGCGGUACACUCGGCAGAAGCAGAACCUGCCCGACAGCCCACUGCGCUUCGAGGGUCUCCCGGUGGUGCUGGGCUCCCCCGGCUUCUCCUCCGGGCGCCACCGCUGGCAGGUGGAGGUGCAGCUGGGAGAGGGCGGCGGCUGCACGGUGGGGGUGGUCGGGGAGGAGGUGAGGCGGAAGGGGGAGCAGGGCCUGAGCGCCGAGGAGGGCGUCUGGGCGGUGAUCCUCUCCCACCAGCAGUGCUGGGCCAGCACCUCCCCGGGCACCGACCUGCCGCUGAGCGAGAUCCCGCGCCGCGUGGGCGUCGCCCUGGACUACGAGGCGGGGCGCGUGGCCCUGCUCAACGCCGAGACCCGGGCGCCCAUCUUCACCUUCGCCACCUCCUUCUCCGGCAAAGUGUUUCCUUUCUUCGCUGUCUGGAAAAAAGGCUCCUGCCUGACUUUGAAAGGCUGAGGCGCAGCGUCGGAAGGGCGGUGUCAGCGGAGAGAGCAGCACCCGGGAUCCACCUCCCACCCUUGGGUGUUUCCUUGUGCCCAAGACCGCAGGGGACACGGCUCUCAGAGUCCGCAGGGCUCUGUAAUUUUUUCACUUUAUUUAUCUGAUGCCCUUCAACCUUGACGUUCCUGGUUCCCCGCUGACGCUCCCGCCUUCUGUGCACCUCCGAGAGGAGAGCCAGAGGCAGA